AGCUCUAAUACAAGGUCGUCUUCCCCAUUGUCUACAAGCCUAAGCAUGAGAGCGUUCCAGGACACCGAACACCUUCCAAGCACUACCGUAUUUAAUCGAUGUGUUCUCCAUGAUAAAUCAUCAAUCCCCAGAUCUUCCUAACGCCUUGCAGAUUGCAGCCAAAGUAGCGAUGGAACUCAAGAAUUUGGCAGCAGCCCACGAGUCUCCAUGCGACCACUGCCGCUUCAUCCCCUCCAUUCUCUGGGCAUUCUCUCCACAAACCUCAAAGCGAUGAUCUUAAAGAUACCAUUAUUUAGUCAUAGUUUGAAAGAGAGGAGAGCGUGUAGGUUUUCUGCGCUCGCAUAGGAACACGAGUAAGGAUUCAAGGACCAUCGACGUCAAGGCCAUGAGCACAGUGGUGGAUUUCAAGCCUCCGUCGGCCUGGAGGCGGCCACAAGAUGGAAGCAAAUGCGGGUUCAAGCACAAGGCCAUGGUGAGGUUCCUGGCACUCACGAGACGACGGCUUUGCGUGCUGGGUUUGCACAGCACCAUGGAUUGCACAGCUCCUCAAAGUGGGUCUUCAGGAGAUCUGGAGGGCAGCAGCAACUGUGAUUGCUGGUGCGGAUGUGGGAGGAGGCAAGUGCUUGCAUCAAUCCUGGGAACAUCGCUAGCAACGAGUGAGGCUGGACUACAUGCAGGUGGCCUUGACGAUGGCUAUCUACAAACGCUGAGAGCAGUCCAUCCGAAAAGACCUGACUGGUACGAGGAGUUCUACGCACAAAGCAUAAAAUGUGGAAUGGUGGCUUACGAGGCUGAGGCGGCGAAGUACAAAGAGAAACUGUUCGAGAGCCUGAGACAAAGAUCGGCUGCCACCACUGUUUUGGAGCUCGGUGUCGGCACGGGUCCAAAUCUCAAGUAUUACGCGAGAUCAGGGAGCGGCAUGAGUGUCAUUGGGAUCGAUCCCAACGAAAAAAUGGAGAAGUACGCUCGAGCUGCUGCAGCCGAUGCCGGGCUAUCGAAUUCCCAGUUCAAGUUUAUCCAUGCCGUUGGAGAGCAAAUACCCCUCGCCACUUCGACCGUAGAUUCGGUCAUCUCAACUCUGGUGCUGUGCUCGGUGAAGGAUCUAAAUUCAACUCUCCAAGAAGUGAAGCGAGUCCUCAAGCCCGGAGCUACGUUCUACUUCCUGGAGCACGUUGCGGCUCAAGGAAGCAGCGUGAGAUUCUGGCAAAACGUUCUCGACCCCGUCCAACAGUUCGUCGCCGAUGGCUGCCACCUCACCCGUGACACUCUCUCCGGCAUCCAGUCCGCCAGCUUCGCGAGCGUCGCGGCGGACCGAAUCAACAUCAGCAGCGCCUUCCUGAUCUCGCCGCAUGUCAUAGGGACCGCGCAAUCUUCACGGUUGUAACAACAAAAAUUUGAUCCUCGGUGGAAAAAUGGAAUCACGACCAUUCAAAGAGCUGCAGCUCAGAGCGGCGUGCCAGGAAAACAAUUUCGAGGUAAAGUCUCCAUCCACCUACUUACAUCGUCCUUCGCAUUUAAGCUCGCGGCCACCGCGAGUUUUAGAGAGAGCGAGCGAGCGAGUGAGAGAUCAUAGAGUGAGCGAGCGAGCGAGCGAGCGAGAUUAAACUCGAGGAGGGAAAAGAGCGAGCGAGCACAAAUGGCUAAUGCUUUUGGAUUCCUUCUCUCGUGCGUCGUGCUUCUAUCAGCAUCCUUGUUUGUUUGCACAGAGGCGCGCUCCAGAGUUUUGUGCGCGCGCUCGCAUCCUUGCUGCGGGAUCUUUUCACCUGCCGGUUGCUUUGGGCCGCGAAGAGCUCUCGACUGCGAAUGCCCGGGUCCGAUCGUUCGCCCACAUCCUCCUCGUCCAGCCUCGGGCCCGGGCGCUGCUCACGGCCCAAAGCCACCACCAAAAUUCCCUCCAUUCCCGUUCCCAUGGUUUCCUCCAUUUCCAUUUCCCUUCAGGUUCCCACCAUUUCCAAGACAUGCUCCACCACCACUGCCUAAUGUUCGUCCUCCACGUAACUAAAUUACUACCACCAUAGUCGCCACCUUUUAGUUCCACGUAACUAUAGAUCCGCCACCUAGAAGUUUUCACACAAAAAUUAAUAAAAGGGGAUGUUUUUUC